AUGGAGACCCGGCGACGGGCGCUCGUCAAGAUCACUCUCGGGUGGGAGCAGGCUUACGAGUUCGAAAUGUGGAUAAUAGACCACAGUGCCGGAGUGGAUGUGGUCCUCGGGAUGGACUUUAUGAUCCCGGCUGGAAUCCGGCUCGAUCUGUUCCAUGGUACGGCACGCCUUCCAGACGAGGUCAUGGUACCACUACUGAAGUCGCAGAGCGAUGAGGAUGACCAGCCUUACCGCACGCAGCCUUCGUGUGGGCCGACCGAUGAUUUAUACGUCCCCGGUCGCGAGUGGCGAGAGUUUCGACUGCCGAGCCAGCGGCUACCUCCGAACGAUUUGUGGGCUUCGACGGGGGCAGCCGAUAUGGGUACGACUCACCAAUAUUACGACCGCAACGGCACAAUUGCCAAGCACGACUCCGUGGUGCUCUGGGAACCGCAUGGUGAACUACCGCGAGAGACCGGCUACGCGAGGUUGGACUCUAACAAGUACAAGGAGUGGCAGGUCUUACUCAACGCCGCGGAAGAUCUUACGGAGACCGCUCAACGCUCCAAUGUGGCCGAGAGGUCAUCUUCAAGGGUCUCCCAAGGCUCGGUCAAGGUUACUGACGCUGGUGCAGAAGACACGGAACGUGACGGUGUAUCGAACGACGGUUCGGAUGACGAGACGAGCGCACUGGUCGACUCCGACACACUGGAAGGGUCGUCGCUUCACCGAGCGGCCUAUGCAUCCAAGCGCACCGAUCAUAACGCCUAUAGCAUCGAACAUGGGGCACAGGAAGCCCCGGCCGAGGUGUCAGGAGCCGGAGACAAGCGUGAUGAUGGUGUUGGAGAGCUGAACGACGAUUCGGGAGAAGAUCAUGACGCGCCAGAGCACGCCCUGAACCAGAUCAAACGUCGGUUGCGUGGGGCAACGGUGCUGUCGACUGGGGUGAACAUGAUCCUGGCCCGACUGACAUUUUUACUGAAGCAGGAACCGCCACGACCAAGGAAGGACCCUGGACGGCUUCUGGAGGCGAAUUAUACCUCAGUCGUGCAUGCGGUGGUUGCGGAAGGGCUCACGGAGGACGAUGACACCGCGAACGAUGUUAAGCUCAGCGACUACGCGCAGGAGUCUCUACCGACACCUCGACUGAAGCUUAUCACUCGGAUUUGGCCCUACCUGGAACGAGGUAAACCGAGACACGAGUGCUGA